AUGCGAGGACCACCUGGCCUCGAUUCUUUCCGCACGAAUAGCAAUAAAGGUGUACGAGGUCCUCCAGGACCUUGUGGACCGCCGGGAGCACAGGGCCCUCCUGGUGCUCCUGGCUUGUCAGGACUGCCAGGACCCCAAGGAGAGAUGGGUCCCCCGGGCAUGCGCGGUCUCCCUGGAAUGGACGGAUACCCCGGUCCACCUGGUAUACCAGGAGUGCCAGGACCUGAUGGAGAUUACUGCCCCUGUCCAGAGAGGGUGUAUAGGGAUGUUGGUGUUGUUGGUAGCGAGACGAUCACACGCAAACCGAGUACGGUUCACAGUGGAGAGAUUUCUAAGCCAGCAAUUAAUAAGAGGAGUGAAGACGAUACGAAACUUGAUGGAGUUCGACCACAACCUAAAAUUGUUAGCAAUUAA